CUCCCCCUCCAGCCGCCUCCACAACUCCUCCACGCCCUCCUCAAAGAACAGUUUCGCACCCCUCAUCCCCAGCAGCUCCUUCCUUCUCAACUUCUCUCUCUCCCUAAGCAGCACCUCCAUCUUCGCCGCGAGCGCCGCAGCCUCGGCGGCCAAGGCCCUCGCGCAACUCUCACCACCAAUGCCGAAACCCAGAACCCGCUCCCUUCGUCGCCGCAGCCGCGGGGGCGGAGCGAGUGCGGUGAUGGAUGCGGAAAAUACGCCGAGCGCUGAGGCGAACGUGUGCUGCCGCAUCAUUUGCGAUUGUAACGGCCCCGGUGGGAGCAGGGUUAGCGGCGGGGGGUGGUAGGUCUUGUUGUGCGCGUGCGGGCAGAAGGGGGCGGUAUUUGUGGUGGUAUUUGUGGAGGAUGAGGAUGGGGAGGAGCAGGCGCGGCUGCGGCGGCGGUUGCGGCUGUCGGCUUUGCUGCUGGAUGGGGAGGCCGUUCGGCUGGAUAGCGACGUUUCUUGCGUGUGCUUGUAUUGGUUGUAGCCAGUGUGCAACCGGAGGUAGAGCGAGAAUGCGCACAGGAUUAUUUCGGCCAUUGGAUUGGUUGGUUGCGUGGAUACGGUAUGAGGUUUGUCGAGAUCGUGGAUUGUCGUGAACCUCGAGAUAUAGGUAUUACUGUAUAGACGCCUGAGCACACCUUCCUCCUCCCUCAAGAGCGGCGACGAGCGGGCUGUUAUAUACCAGCACAUAGGCGCAUACCUACCCGCAGCGGGAAAGCUGUACACUCGACGUUGUCAAUAGGUAGGUAGUCAACGGUCAGACCGCCCUCAUCUGCUGGCUGCCCACCAACCCGUGCCCCACUCUCUCCCACUCACAGUCUGUCAGUCUCACAUCCACCCACCAACCAAGUCCAAGUAACCGAAGGAUGUUGGAAUUGACUGUUCCGCGACUCCACGACUCCGCGCCUCAAUUGCGCUCGGCCUAUGAUAGGAUGUAGUCGGGUU